AUGGAAACACUCUCGUUCGAAAUUCAAAUUCACGCAAAGACCGUCCGCAGGAAAGGAGAGUCGGGGUUCCUUAAAAAAAACCCUCACAUAAUCAAAUAUCCUUCGCCCGCCGCGGUCCGCUUAAACUCUCGUUGGAAAACGCGCCGCGACCGAGGCCGAGCGUCGUCGUCGGUUAGAAUGGCGCGAGGAGGGGAGCGUCGCGGGUUGUGCGGCGCAGGGCGAAUUCGGCGCGGCGCGGGCGCGGAGGCCGCGCGGGGAGAGGGAAGCGGGGGAGAUACGCGGACGCGCCGAAAUGCUGAUAGCCCCCCGCGCCCCUCGCCCUCCUGCACCCCGCUGCCGCUCCGUCGUCGCUUGGGCAAUUCG